AUGGCUGAUUUAAACGAAUCCGAACAAUCGCUACCACUAGAAUUUCCUUAUAUCGGUGAUAUAUCUCAAUAUGAACGUAUCGAGAAGAUUGGUCAGGGGACAUACGGUGAGAUAUUUAAAGCACGAUGUCAGAAGACAAAUGAAUUUGUUGCAAUAAAAUUGAUCUUAAUGAAUCAAGAAGAAGAAGGUUUUCCCAUUACAGCAUUACGUGAAAUUAAAAUUUUGCAAGGUCUUCGACACAAUAAUAUUGUGCGACUGAUUGAAAUGUGUCGAUCAGCAGUAGGAAACUCAUUGCGAAGUAAAUUUUAUUUCGUAUUCGAAUUUUGUGAUCAUGAUCUGGCCGGUAUUUUGCGCAACGUACAUUUGAAAUUCACAUUGGGACACAUCAAGUCUAUUAUGCAACAAUUACUCAAUGCUCUUUAUUUUAUACAUACAAAUGAUAUAAUUCAUCGAGAUAUUAAACCAGCCAAUAUCUUGAUUACAUGUAAUGGUGUACUUAAAUUGGCUGAUUUUGGUCUAUCGAAAUUAAUUACUCCACCAAAACCCAAUCAACAAAAUCGACAUACAUAUCGAGUGGUCACAAUGUGGUAUCGUCCUCCUGAAUUAUUAUUAGGUGAACGAGACUACGGUCCAGCUAUUGAUAUGUGGGGUGUAGGUUGUAUCUUUGCUGAAAUGUGGGUUCGUUAUCCAAUUAUGCAAGGAAAGACUGAACAACAUCAACUUCAAUUAAUUUCAAGUCUAUGCGGCAGUAUUGAACCGAAUGUUUGGCCCGGUGUUGAUUCAUUACCACUCUAUAAUAAUAUUAAGUUACCAGACAGUGAACAUCGAAAAGUUUAUGAUCGAAUGAAACCUUAUAUUCAAGAACCAUUAGCACUUAAUCUAAUUGAUCGAUUACUUACACUUGAUCCUAAACAACGAAUUGAUGCUAACAACGCUCUUGAUUCUGAUUUCUUUUAUUCUGAACCACCUGUAGCUGAUUUGAAAGAACUUUUAUCAAAAUAUCAUUCAAUGUUCGAUUUAAAACAAACAUUACGCAACACAAAUCAUCAACAAUCAAAGUUUCCUAAUGUACCAUAUGAAGCAAUUUAUUAG